AUGCUUCAUGAAAAUAGACGAGACGAGAAGAGACGAAUUCAAGAUUUUGCAGGAGCUCUGUCCGGUAGAAAGAAAACAGAUGGUGAAUAUCAUGAGCCGUGUGAACGCUCAGAGUUCUACCAUAUGAGGGAGUUGGACAAGCCAGCCGCCCUUUUCAUCGCUCCUGACGAGUACGACUCACGGUACUUGGACGGCUCAUCGUUAGGCUACGAUGGGUUGUCGGACAUGGAGCCCAUUGCGAAGCGACCGCGACCUUCUGAGCGGAUAAUGUUGUAUGUGCGGAAACGAGACGACCAAAUUUACACCCCGUUGCACGUGAUUCCCCCGUCACUGGACGGUUUGGCUCAGGCGGUCGCGCAUAAGUUCGGAAUCGAUUCGCAAAAAGUUUGUGGUGUUUCUUUCGUUCGCAAUCGAACGCACACUUGUAGUUGGUACUCAGCCGUAGCCCCUUUGCAGAUCAGCGGCGUGUACAAGCGCUGCGCAAAGGGAGUGACGGUGAAGAUGGACGACGAUAUGCUGCGCCACUACUGCAAUGAGGACACCUUCAUCCUGGACGUCGAACCGUCACCCGAAGAUUCGUCCUGUUUUGCCGCCACACUCGUC